AUGACUAUUGAGCGAUUCAAGAAGCAACUCAAACGCUAUGAGAAAAUGCCUAACCUCAAACUUGCCUUGGUGGAGGCCAUCCUCAGGCAUCAAUUGAAGAUUUUAAGAAAAGAUGAACUCACUAAGGAAAUCAAAGACACCUAUAAAAAAGUGAGAUUCUUUCGAAUGAGGCUGCUCUUCCAUCCACCUUUUGUUUCGGGAGGUUUCUAUCUAGAAACUGAUGGUUCGUUUAGAGAUGGCUUCGUCUACAUUAGAGUGGUUGUGAGAGACGAGCAUGGAAUGAUAAGGUGGCCUGCCACAUUAGUCGAACAUGAAGAUAAUAUGCCAAUUCAUCCACGGGACAUACAUGUCAUGGAAGAAGAUGAAGGGAUCUUUAUGGCCCGUCGUAAACUCAAAGCAGAGGAACCAUAA